CAGUUCAAAAUGGCGAGUUGCGGCAGCGGAAUGGGCAUGGCGUCGGCUGCAUCAGGGCUGUUGUUAACACCCAAUGCGACGGCCAGUGCAAAGACCAACACUAACAUGCUCUUUUUCCCUUCCAAAAUCAACAACAAUCUAAGGCUGGUCGUGACUGUGGCAUCAGUAGGUGGUGAAGCACCUAAGCCGAAGCCACCACCCAUCGGACCAAAAAGAGAAGCCAAGGUGAAGAUUCUGAGGAACAAGUCUUACUGGUACAAUAACUAUGGAUCAGUUGUUACUAUUGAUCAGAGUCCGUUAACCUUGUGGGGCAACGUCCAUUUUAGGGAUUUCACCAGUUUGGGUGAAAUUGCUUCUAAGGAAGUGACUAUAUAA